AUGCCUACACCACUUCCAUCGAGUUUCGCUUCCGCCGCCGCCGGCAACACCCAGGACCCUAGUCGGAGAGGGGAUGGAAAUGCUGGUGGAGAAUGGUCUCGGUCCCGCAUCAACGGAGCCACUCAGACCUUCCGUCGCCCUUCUGUUGCUACCAACCCUUCGCACACUCGGGAGAGCAGCCACGCAGCAUCCGUUUCGACCCCUACCUCUGGAGCUUACAUCCCUCCCCACAUGAGCUCAAAUCCUCUGCGCAACGGUGACGCUCGAUACUCCAAGGACCAACUGAUUGACUUGUAUAAGGCACAGCGGGACUCGGGAUCCUUGGGCAAAAAUGUGGAGGACUACUUUGUGGCCGACUGGGACCCUCACAUGGUGCCGACCCCCGUGAACGGGGCGUGGGGGAAGCGGGAUGACCACAAGACCUCUGCGGGGCCCGAGGUGUGCUGGGACCACGGUGGUCAAGCUGAACCUCUAGGCCUGAAUGAUAUGACGGAGAGCGAGAAAGAUUUCUUUACCGCGUCCGUCAAUUCCCCUCUCAAACCCCCGCCAACCAACGCCCAGAAGGAAAACGUUGGGCCGGCGACUGGAGGCCGCAAAGGGUCAAUUUCAUACACCCAGGGCCACAUUAAUAACUACAAUACCUCUUCCCCCACUACCAACCGCCCAGGUGUGAGACGCCGAGAGACGGGUGAUUCUGUGGGUAACCCUAUGUCUCCUACCACCUCCAACUCUCGCUUUUUCCGCGAUGAAGCGAACACCUCUACCCCUCCUCCCGCACUUCUGCGUCGUAAGACCGAUUUCCGAGAGCCGGGCGCGAAAGCGGACGAAAAAUCGAAGGAUGGUUCGGAUGCUGCCUCUCCUUUCGGUUCUUUGAAGCGGAGCACGACCAACCCGAUGAAUCCCAACCCGUUGAAUACUGCGGUCGGCCCGAGCUCGCCAUGGGGCCCGGCAUCGGCUUCGGCAAAUGCUAAUUUCUCGCCGAUGGGGGCUUUCGGAGCUUUCUCCUUGGGUUCAGGCUCAGUUUCUGCCACAACCCCUACGGCAGAGAAAAAGCCCGGAUAUGGAAGUCUUCGGGGUGAGAGCAGGUUCAAGGGCCUGCUUUCAAAGGAUAGCUCGGAGGAUAUCGGGGGCUCUGUCAAAGAGAAAAACAUUAGUGGUCUUGAACGACUCAUGGAAGAUGAUGGCGGCAAGCGUGCGCAGUCGCCAUGGGGAGAUGCGGUGAGGAACCGAGUUGGUCGGAGCGAAACUAAUCCAUUUGAUGAACCUCGCAGUGGCAGUGCCGCCCUCGGUGGUUCCCAGGAUGUUGAGGCGCCCGGCCAGGAUACUGGAUUCGGCGCAUUCGGCAUGACCUCGAGCAUCCCCGGUUUCCGGGAGUUGAUGCAGAGUCAGGAGAAUUCGAGGAACCCUACCCCAAGUCUGCUCCAGGGACACGAACCGACCAGCCCGACUAAUACAAACCCUUACCAAAGCCCCCAUGGCGAGCGCGGAAUUGAAGGAGAGGAUGUGGAUACUGAUGGAUCGGACAUUCAGCAUGCCCAGCACCCUGGACUCAGUGGACUCCGUGACCCUUCCAACCCCUUUGGCUCGAUGAGACGCGUUGGUUCAGGCAUGGAUCUUCCCAGUGUUGAUCGCAGUCAGAACUCGAGUGUCAAUGCCAAUCGCCCUUUCUCUGGUCUGGGUAGCUUAGGUGGCCUUCCAUCUCUCGGUGGAGCGUCCGCCUGGCCCUCCGGCGGCGCCAUCGGUACCCCGACCCGUGAACGUUCUGCAUUUGGUGGUGGAUUUGGUGAUCCUAUCUUUGGGAACAUGGGAGACCUACAGUCUCCAAGCUUGUCCACCCUGGGAGGUGGUGGCCUCUUUAGCCCACAUGCAGGAAUUGCAGGAACUGCAAGCAUCGGCCGGGGGAGCAAGCUGGGUGCUCUCUUCUCGUCAACCAUGCAGGAUGACCAAGGACGCCCGGAAUCUGUUGGUCUAGGUGACGGUUCUGGUCAGAUUGAUCCUGCCCUUGUAAGCAAGCCUGGAUCGAAUUCUGCAUCUCAGACACCCGUGUCGGCUGUUGGUUCUCUUCCAGUCAACUUUGGCCAAGACUCUACCUUGGGACAGACUCCCGGAGGAAGUGUACCUGCAUCCCAGCAGCGAACCAUGGUCAUGCCAGACCGGAUGCGCUGGAUCUACCGCGACCCGCAAGGCAAUAUCCAGGGCCCAUGGACUGGACUUGAAAUGCACGAUUGGUUCAAGGCUGGGUUCUUCAGCCCCGACCUGCAAAUCAAGAAGCUUGAAGAUGUCGAAUUUGAGCCCCUGGCACAGUUGGUGCGCCGGAUUGGGAACUCACGAGAGCCGUUCCUUGUCCCUCAAAUUGGCAUCCCUCAUGGCCCUGAACCCAAUGCCACUCCAUGGACUGGCGCUGGCACUGGCACUACCACUCAGGGCUCCGCUCAGCCUCCGUUCCCUGGCAGCUUCCCCAGCUUUGGUACUACUUUGACCGCCGAACAGCAGAAUGCUCUUGAGCGACGAAAGCAAGAGGAGCAAUACCUGAUGGCCCGCCAGAAGGAACACCUCGCUCAGCAACAAGCUAUCAUGAAGCAGAUGGGAGGAUCAGCCAGUUCAUCCAUGCAGCCCCAGCUUCAGCAUCAGUCUAGUGCCCACAGCCUUCAUAGCCAGCCUAGCUUUGGCAGCAUUGCAUCCCCUGGAGCCUACCAGCCUUCUCCCAUCCAAGCCCCAUUGCAGCAACCGUCUCAGGGAGUCCCUGGCUUCUUUGACAGUGCGGCUCAACUGAGACAGGGUGGCUUGCCCAACAUUGGACCCGGUAUGCUCGGCACUGAUCUCGGUGGUAGCGGUCAGGAUCACCUUCCUGCCCUUCUUGAUCGGUUGAACAUCCGUCAAGAUCCAUUUGCAUUCGGUGGUCGCCAACCUGACAGCCUUUUGCACUCCCAACAGGUAGCAUCGAUGCUUCAGGAUCGUGCCCAGCUUCAACAUGAGCAGGAGCAGUUCGAUAAGGCCAAUGCCAACGAUCCGUUCGACCAGGAGGCGCGUGAAGAGCGACUGCGUCAAUUCCACGCUCUGCGGGCCCAGGAGGGCGAAUUGGGCAUGCGUACCGCUGAAGGUCUUCCCACUCACCCUGCUGCCGUCUCUCAGCAGCUUGAAGCCGAGGCCGCUGCUGUUGCCGCCGCCUUGGAAAGCGCAUCGGAGCCUGAGAUGACAGUUGAGGAGCCUGCUCUGACCUUGUCUCAGCAAGUCCAUAAGGCUGCUUCUGCCCAGCGUCAGCAGCAAGAAGAGCAAGAGCAGCCGGAAUCUGUGUGGAAGUUGGAUAGUGCUAUGCCCCAGCCUUUCCCGCCACCACCAUCCGCAUCGCCUUUGCCUGCCCCGGCUGCUCAGCGCCGCCAGAACGUUGCCGAUGCCCUCGCUGCCGGGUCCCGUUCCCAGACUCAAACCCCAAUUGAUGCUGCACCCACCUCUGUUGCUCCCUGGGCUAAGGAUGCCAAUGAAUUGCCUAAGGGACCCUCCCUGAGAGAAAUCCAAGAAGCGGAAGCUCGCAAUGCUGCGCAGCGUGAGGAAGUUGCCGCGGCCACUCGCCGCGCUCAGCUCAUGGCGGAACAAGAACGUCUCAGCCAAGCUCAGGCUCAGAUUGUUCCUGGUCUUCCCUCUUCGGCUAACUGGGCCAGCAGCGGAUCCCCCGCCACUCCUACCUCCGCUGGUUCCGCCUGGAACACAAAGACUCAACCUGCUCCUACCAACCCUGCCGCCAAGAAGACUCUCGCCCAGAUUCAGAAGGAAGAGGAGGCUCGCAAGCAGCGUCUGGCUGUUGCCGCGGCCGCUGCUGCCCUGACAGCGACUCCCAGCCCCCCUGCCUCCGCCAGCAAGCGCUAUGCCGAUCUUGCCAGCAAGGCCCCUGCUCCUUCCGUUGCUGCUUCCGCUACUGCUCCCGUUGGCUCCAGUGCCUGGACCACCGUUGGCGCUAGCGGCAAGGCCAAGGCCCCUCUUUCCGCUCCUCUCGGUCCUCGCUCGACCAGCGCCACCAGCCCUCUUACCCCUGUUGCUGUUGCCAAGCCUCGCCCCGUCACCACUACCCGUACCGUGACUUUGGGCAGUGUUCCGCAAUCCUCCAACUCCAACCGGGCCGUUGAGGAGUUCACCAAGUGGGCUAAGCUAGCUCUGGGCAAGGGCUUGAACAUCAACAUCAACGUUGACGACUUCGUUCAGCAGCUUCUGUUCCUGCCUGCCGAGGCCGAGAUCAUCUCCGACUCCGUCUACGCCAACUCCCAGACUCUGGACGGUCGUCGCUUUGCUGACGAGUUCAUCCGCCGCCGCAAGCUUGCUGACAAGGGUGUCAUUGACCCCAUCUCUCCCAGCGCAUAUGCCACCGAGCAGAGUGGCUCUGGUGGUUGGAGCGAGGUCGCCAAGAAGGGUUCCACUGCUAGCAUUGCUGCCGCCGCUGUUACUCAGCGCGAGGAGGAAGCUAGCAGCGCUGCGUUCAAGGUUGUCGCUCCCCGUAAGAAGGCCAAGCGCUAA